AUGGAGGCAGGGGAGAAGGGCCUCCAGCUGGUGCACCUGCUGACCCGGUGGCUCCUGCGCGCCCUCAGGACACCAAAUGCAGCUCCACUAGGGUGGUCUUCUCCAUCAACCUGCAGUAAGGAGGGGAGGGGGUGGUCAGCCACUCGGGCCAGGCCAGCCAGAGAGCAGGGUCCGAUCAAGAGGAAGGGGCGCUGGCAUUCCAGGUUGGCCCCGGAGUCCCUGGACCCACACACUCUGCGGCUGCUGUGGGGGCAGCGGGAGCUGGAGAUCCAGGCCCUGCGGUGGGCCAUCCAGAAACCCCGGAAUGGCCGGCACUACCAUAUCCUGCGGGAGGUGGCUGGGCUUCCACCUGAGAGGAGCUCACGCAGUCAGGAAAAGUUCCUGCAAAAUCAGGUCCAAAAGCUGACUCUGCAGUUGAAAGAGCAGAAGGAACAGGCCCAGCUGGAGAAGGCACGCCUGGAGGAGCGGCUGCUGCAGAUGCGAAACAUGCUGCAGCAGAUGGAGGCCGAGUUGCAGGCCUUCCGGAAGUCCUGCCUCCUGCAGCUGGCCCGCUCCUCCUGGGUGGGCCGCAUACUGAGAUCUUCAACGGGCAGUGUGGAGGUGGUGACGGCAGAGACCCUGAUGGACCCCAGCGACCUCUCUGAGAGCGAUCAGGCCCCCACUGCUGGGGAGAGUUUCCGGCUGGAGGAUGUGGACUGGAACAGCAUCGCUCACCAGUACCCCAACCUCUUCACCAACAUCAAGUCCAACUCAGAUCAAAAGCGCCCUUGGGCCCCACCGCCCCCACAGCUCCCACCAGCCACACUAUCUGACCAGCGGAGCUCGGAGCUGUGCUGUCGGCGCAGGGAACAGCGUCUCAAGAGUGUACAGUGGAGCUCCCUGCCCUUGGUUGGCAACAGCAGUUCAGGGAGCACUGGCUCCGAAUCCAGCAGCUGCCAGCUGGCUGCGUGUAAUUGCGUGCAGAAAGUGACAGGGGACCAUCCCCAGGCACCAGGCUGCACUUCUGAGCAGAUGGAAGCACAGGCAUGGAGCCUUUGCGAGGACAGUCAGGCAAUAUCUGAAGAUCUCCGGAAAACCCACUGGGGCCAGCAGGGCAAGACCGUCCAGGUGCUGGAGUCCAGUGAGGAUCCCCACCCCCAGGAGCCCCGGCGCUGUCUCAGCCCCACCGGCUCCUGCCUGAAGAUCGUGGCCGUGAGCCACCGCCAGAGGUUCGUGCGCAUCCUCAACCAGUCGCUGGAGGAGACCGCCGACCUGAGUGGCUUCGUGCUGCGGCAGCUGGUGCGCGACUUCCCUGUGUGCAUGUACCGCUUCCCGCCUGGCACCCUGCUGGCGCCACAGCACCACAUCACGGUGCGUUUGGCUCCUCGGACGUGGAGAGGGGGCGGACAGCGAGGAGGGGGCACCGGCGACGACCCCACCCCAUCACUGUCCUGCGCAGAGGCGAAGCCGGGCCUCGAUGACGGCCAGGCUAGGAAGGAAUGCAAGGUCCGGGUGUGCUGGAAGAGCGUGGACCGCGGCUGUCCCAUGGUGGCGCUGUCGGUGCAGAGCACCGCCGAGAGCAGGUUCGGCUUCCGCUUCCUCAGCUGCCCGCCCAUCAUCGCGGACGCGGGCCGGCCGGUGUAAGGCCGGUGGGGAGCGGCCGUCCAGGCGACUGGCUACCCCCAGCCGUCUCGGUGACUGCAGGGCAGGGCCGUACGGGAAGAAAGCGCCGAAGGCCGGCGAUGCUAGCUGCAUAAUUUAUUGAAUCAACACCGCCUCCCAAGUAAACUACAUUUCUGUACCUGA